GUGUGAUGCGCUCAGCACCAGGGCAGAGGGGCACAAGGCACACGGCGCUCCCCCGGAACUCUGCAGCCGCAUCGGCUCUGAUCAUUUCCACAUCGGGGGUUCGGUCCAACAUGGCGGCUUACGGAUGGAAAUACUGAUGACAGUCCGAAAGAUCGCCUCGAUUUGUACGAUGGGCGCCAAUGCCUCUGCCUUGGAAAAGGAGAUUGGACCGGAACAGUUUCCUGUUAACGAACACUACUUCGGAUUGGUCAACUUUGGCAACACCUGCUACUGCAACUCGGUGCUGCAGGCGCUCUACUUCUGUCGGCCGUUCAGGGAGAAGGUGCUGGCGUACAAGGUGCAGCCGCGGCGGAAGGAGUCCCUCCUCACCUGCCUGUCGGACCUGUUCAACAGCAUCGCCACGCAGAAGAAGAAGGUGGGGGUCAUCCCCCCCAAGAAGUUCAUCUCCCGGCUGAGAAAAGAAAACGAGCUGUUUGACAACUACAUGCAGCAGGACGCCCACGAGUUCCUCAACUACCUCCUGAACACCAUCGCCGACCUGCUGCAGGAGGAGAAGAGCCAGGAGCGCCAGCAGAACGGGAAGCUGCUGCAGAACGGAGGGGGGGGCACGGGGGGGGCGAGUGAGGGAGGAGGAGGAGGAGAGGGGGAAGGAGGGAAGGAGACGCAGCAGACUUGGGUCCACGAGAUCUUCCAAGGGACGCUGACCAACGAGACGCGGUGCCUCAACUGCGAAGCCGUGAGCAGCAAAGACGAGGACUUCCUGGACCUCUCCGUGGACGUGGAGCAGAACACCUCCAUCACACACUGUCUCAGGGGCUUCAGCAACACGGAGACGCUAUGCAGUGAAUAUAAAUACUACUGUGAGCAGUGUCGCAGCAAACAGGAAGCCCAGAAGAGGAUGAGGGUGAAGAAGCUGCCGAUGAUCCUCGCCCUCCACCUGAAGCGCUUCAAGUACAUGGACCAGCUGCACCGCUACACCAAGCUGUCCUACCGCGUGGUCUUCCCCCUGGAGCUCCGCCUCUUCAACACGUCCGGGGACGCCACCAACCCCGACCGCAUGUACGACCUGGUGGCCGUGGUGGUCCACUGCGGCAGCGGCCCCAACCGAGGACACUACAUCACCAUCGUGAAGAGCCACGGCUUCUGGCUGCUGUUUGAUGACGACAUCGUGGAGAAAAUCGACGCGCAGGCGAUCGAGGAGUUCUACGGGCUCACGUCGGACAUUUCCAAGAACUCUGAGUCGGGCUACAUCCUGUUCUACCAGUCCAGAGACUGAGCCCCCACCAACGCAUUAGCCUCCUGGAUUGGGACCUAUCGCCUCCUCCAGAAAGCCCCUUAAAAAGAAUGGGGGCCGGGGGGGGGGCAGCUGAGGCUGUUCUGGGACGACGCAGAGCAACCAGCCGGAUGACACGUGGUCGUCACGGUAACCAUCACAGUUCUCUUUAGCCUUUUUUUCUUUUGUGUGUGUAAAAUGCUGUGCUAAGUUAGCCUUCCGCUAACACAAGCUAACACAUGCAGCCCCCCCCCCCCCCCCCCCUUGGUCCGUCAUAUUCAAACCGGAGGAUGAUUUCAGCCUCAGAGGAGCGUUGGAAUCUCUGAUCUCAGAUAAAUGUGUUUUAAUCAGGCAAUAUAUAUUUUCUAUAUAUUUCCUUUAACAUCUGACCUGUGAGUGUUUGACGGGUUCGAUGCGACAGCCUCUGAUUGAUUCUCCUCGUUUUAACGCACAAACAAACCAAAUAUAGUUGUUUCUAUUGCUCCAAGCUGGCGAGGCUCCUCCCCUCCGGGCGGUCCCCCGUCAACAAGCGAGCGCACCCUGUCCCCUCAGAGGCCUCGUGGUCCGAUUCCAGUGUUUUCUGACUUGAAAUGUGAAGUAAAAGCUGCUGCUGCUCCACCUCUCCACCUCCUUCCUGGAGGUCGGAUACGUUUAGAAGAUCUGGAGCUGCUCCUUUUUCUACCGAGGCGACACUUUUAAACUCUUUACCUUUUUAAAUUCCUUUCAUUUUGAUGACCAAGAACAAACGUUGCAGAUACAUAAACUCUCCUGUUUCUUCUGUUCAAAGAAACGUCCGCCGACCAGCUAAUAGCUCGUUAGCAUGUUAGCUAAUUAGCAAAGAAGCUAAUAGCAUGUUAGCUAAUAGCUAGUUAGCUAACAGCAUGUUAGCUGUUUCUGGGCACAGAAGGGGAGCAGCUUCAGCUCAAAGUCGACACUAAUGUUUUUUGGGGGGGGUUUGAUCCGCUUCCAUCUUUUACAGGUUUAUAAUGCAGCUGCCAACAGAAUCUGUGGAAUCCUGUAAAAGAUUUAAGUUUCCCAUUCGGCCGUUUCGGGGAUCAAAGUCUCCAGAUGUGGGGGGGGGGGGGGGGGGGUGUAGCUGCUUCUAAUCUGACAAUGAAGUGCAGUUUCAUGGACAACUUUGAAAAAGUGUUGAAACAAUUUAAUUUAAAUAUUUUAAAUAUUAAUUAAUAUUAAACGUCUCACUUGUUUUUGAUAUAAUUCACUGAUUUUCCUGCUCUUUGGAUAUUGGGAGAUUGAGAAAUCUCGACGUGUACAUAAAUACAGAUAUUAUUGGAAUAUAAAUAUUUGCUUGCUUUGGAAGUUAUGCCUCAAAAUACUUUUUAUUGUGUUGAAGAAUCAAUACGCCUGGUGCUCAAAAAGCAACAAGCCCCACCCGCCUGGCGCACAGGGUCACUUAAAACAAACACCCCUAAAGGGAAUGACCUCCUAUGUACUGACUGAUUUCUUUAUGAUAAGUUUCCUCUGAAGGAAACUACUGUGCAGAAAGUGACUGACUAAACCUGUGUGUUGCUGUUAAAGGAAAGAUCCACCAGUUUAUUUUACUGUUACCGUGAGUCAUCGUUCAUUCUUAAACCAAUCAGGUGGACAUCUGGAAACAUCUUAUUUUUGGACAAGAGUAAAACUAAACUACAUAAAACGUAAAAAUAAUGAAUAUGAACUCAAAAAGCACUUUAACUCUGAAACUCGGGGAGCCUUGUUUCCUUUGUCUUUGGUUCACGUAAAGCAGGACGAGAAGAUCCGCUGCAGGAAGCCUCCAUGAAGGUUUAUUACAGAAGCAGAAAUGAUGUGAUAUCAAAGCUCAGGUGGAUUUUUCCUUCAACAGUCGUAGCCGUUGUGUCCUCUGGAGACGUGUCCUCCGGAGACGUGUCCUCUGGAGACGUGUCCUCCUUCCUUCUCGGACUCCCCAGGAAUGUAAAUGUUUUCAAUGGAAUGUGUCACUAACGAUACUUAACCUUUUUUAAACUGUUGUGUGAGAGACAUCAGCCUCGUGGACCCAGAGAAGUUAUUUAUACUUUUAUUAGUUUGUGUUAAAUGCUCCAUCGUGGAGUUUCUACUUCUUUCUUUUUUAUUUUGCCGCUGCCCUCAGACACAGAAGUCUGUGUGUGUAUAUAUGUACAUGUAUACAUAUUAUGCCCCCCCCCCCCAGGCUGCUGUCUGAAUACUAGCACAUGAAGUACCAGGAGGACUGGUUCUAAUGAGAAGUAUCUGGACCCAAAUAAAUCAGUGCUUUUUAAAAUGGAAACAUCUCGUCUGAGUUCAUUUUAUUGUUUUCAGAUCAACUAAACGUUAAAAUGUUGAUAAAAGAUACGUUAAGUAUUUGAAUACUUGAUUGAAAGGAGAGGAACCAACGACCUGCCGCGCGUUACACUUAACGAGCAGCUCAUCCUCCAUCUGGAAGCACUUGGUUUUAAUCCUAAUUCAUCUUUUCGUCGGCGUGUUGCAGCUGCUGAACAUCUGGAUGCUUUGGUGAUUUAUUACAGAUUCCAGUCGUCUCCACCUGAGAAUGUGCUCACUGCAGAGGACGUGAGGACAUGAGAGGACGGGGAUUAUCUACACGCCACGUGGUCCAGAAAGAGGGGCACUUUAUAGUGAUUUAUUUGAAUGGGUUUCCAUGACAACGAAGCUCAGGAAGUACACGUAGAAAUAAACGCUGGGGCUGUAAUGUGUGUUUAUUCGUCUCAGGACUCGAUCGGAGAUAUUUACAGUUAAUGCAGCUCAAGAAGCAAAGACGGUGUUAAAGUGUUAGAGUCCAUGCAGCUACACACAGGGAGGGGGUCCUACUCGGGGGGGGGGGGG